UAAUCUUUAUAGAUAUAGUUACGAUUUUAAUAAUGAAAUAAUAAUCCAAAUAUAUAUAUAGAAAAAGAUACAAAUACAUGUGAAAGUUUGAAAAAAUCUAUUCAAUGAAAAAAUAUACUGUAAACUUAUUAUGUUUUAAAAAUUGAUAUACACAUAUAUAUUAUAAUAUAUACCAAUUUAGAAUUGAAAAAAAAUUAUAUAAAAAUAAUUGAAACAAAAAUCUGCGCGGUUGCGCAGAUCGAGAUCUAGUAAAUUAUUAAAGAACGAUUAUUAUAAGGAAGUAUAAGAGAAGUUAUGGUGCGAGAUACAAAACAUCGAUUUUCUUAUGAUGCAUCCCAAUGUUAUGAAUACCAGAGUAGAAAGUGAUUUCGUGAAGACGUUAACUGUAUUUUCACAUAAUUGGACGUAUCUUACCUCAAUCUCUUUAUUCUUUUUGAGCUUUUGAGUGUAUAAAAAGAACUUCGGAUGUAUAUGUUUAGUUCUAUCGCUUUUGAUAUUUUUUUCGUUUGAGCAACGCAUGCCGCAUUAUCUUCAUAUAGAAUUGCUGAUUAUGUAUUGUCUACGGGAAAUGGAAUGGCUAUGUGGAGCACUGGAAUUGAUGGAAGUUGUAUACUCUGCCACCAACACCUGGAAACGCGAAGUCAUGUUUUCUUUGCGUGUUCUUACUCUUCCACCUUGUGGAAGAAGCUGGCGCAAAAUCUCUUAGGGAACCUCUAUACCACCGAAUGGGAGGACAUUAUGUACCAUCUCAUGCAUGGAAGAAUCUCACUAGUUCACAGAUUCCUUCUUUGCUACGUGUUUCAGGCUGCUGUCUACACCAUUCGGAGAGAGUGCAACGGUAGGAAGCAUGGUUACCUUUCUCGUUCAGCAGAUACUCUAUUUCGGCUGAUCGACAGGCAGGUCAAGAACAAAAUAGCUACUCUACGAAUCGACAAAAGGACAGAGACCACUUAUCAAAGUUGGAUUGGUUUUGUGGGAACAUAGAACAUAGAUUGUUUACCAAAGUUCAUUGUUAGGAACUAAGUCAUAAACAAAGUAGCUCAUGCCGUAAACAAGAGUAUUUUCUUUUAAAUGAAAUUUAAUAUUUUAUGUUUUAAAAAAGAACAUAUGUAUUGGUUUAUUGAUCUUAUCUUUGUGAUGAAUCGAAUCUCCUAACGAACUCCACAGAUCGCAAGUUCUAGCUCUCUGUUAUGCUUCUUCCCGAUCGCUAACUCUCACAACUCUCUCUCACUCGUUCGAUAGAAUAAGAACUCUAAAGAAAACGUAAAGAAAGACACAGAGAAUUUGGUAACCCAGUUCGGGAUCCAAUGUGGAUCCUUUACAUCUGGGGCUUGACGGCACAAGCAAAAGGUUUCACUAAUCACUCCAAGAGUCUUUACAAAGAAGAUGAUCAAGAGAUGAUACAAGUACAGCACACUCAAGAAACGAUCUUCUUUCUCUCUCUGAUUCUGUAACAACCUUUCUCUCUCAGCUCAAAUCAGCUGACUCUCAAUAGAUUGACAUCACCUUUCUUCUUCUAUAUAUAAAGAAGACCGGUACACUUAUGUCAUAAGCCGAUUCCAAUAACCAUCCCGGUUAUCACCUUCUUAUAACCUUGUACCAAGACGCUAAUUGAACCAGCUCCGGUUUAGCUCUUCUUAUUGUUGAAUGUCACCAAAACCAUAACAUCCAUACACACUCUCUACGUGCUCUAUGGAGUGUGAUAAGCUCCGCAUAAUUGGAAGAGAUGGGCCACAGGUGUUUGUUUCUGAAAACACCAAGAUAUAUAUGUGCUCGAUCCUGAAAAUUUAUCAUAUAUGUUUGGGCUUUGUGUAGAUCUAAAAGAUAUCCGGCAUCUUGAAAACGAACCAUUUCACUUUUAAAAUUUUAAGAAUAAAUAAACCUAAAGAUAUGUCUUCUUCUUAUUUUCAAGACAAUUACAGUGGUCUUGGUUUCCCAUUUGAGCUCAUGAUCCUUGUGAUCCUUUCCAAGUUCUAUCGCAAGUUUACUUGGGUCGUCCACAUUGUCAUGAUCAAUGGUCUAACUAUCUGUAUUAACAUGUGGGCAGUCCUUGUCAUCUUGAUCGAUGGUGAAACCGUUCAUGAUCGUAUCACUCAUCCACUGCAGAAAAAUAGUGGUGUUCAUGUCUUACAUGUUCAUUCAAGUGACAGUUUGGCUAUUACUCACUAAGGCAUUACAUUAGUGAUGGGUUCGCGGGUCAACCCGCUUCGACUCGCCGCAGGUCGAAUCAUUUUUUCGAUUCAAAAACUCGAUCCGUAUAACCCGCAAACAAAAACUUUUAUAUCCGCACCCGCUCCGCUAAAACCCGCGGGUAAUCCGCUAAACCUGCGGGUAAUAUUAAUUAUAUUAAAAAUAGUUAUUUUAAUUAAAAAUGAUUAUUUUCUAAUUAUAUAAUAAUUAUUUUUUAUUUAUAAAAUAGUUAAUUUAAAAAAAAUACUAUAUAAAAUAAUAUAUUUAUAAUUAAAAUUAUAUAAAUAUUUAUUGUUUUUUAUAUAUUUUACGAAAAAUGUUUUCUUUUCUUAAAAAAACUUUUUUUUUAAUUUGCGGGUUGGCGAAUAUCCGCGAUUCAAAUUCGGCUGACCCAUACCCGACUCAAAAACUCGAUCCGCACCUGCACCCGCGAUUUAAAAGUUUCAAAUGGUUCGGAGCAGGGCCCGUGGGCAAUGAUUAAAAUUUUCAGCUCUACAUUACAUAAUGCUACUUUCAGUAAGUUAGUUCACCUUAUAUAAUUACGUCUCAAAUAUCUUGAAUUAUGUUAUGUACACACGAAGGGAAGUGAUACAUGUUGCACUUUUUCGUUAACCAUAGUUUUCUCAUUAGAUUUUUCUUGUAAUGGUUUUAACGAAGCACCAUGUUGUGCAUUUUAAAGUACUUUAAUAUAACACGGACACUAAGUAGAAAUGUUAUAAAUAUUAUGUGAUGUCUGGAAAGUAUUUGAUUUGUUCAUUUUUUCAAUAUUUUACUUGUUCUCUAACUUAGUUCUCAAGUAGCUGUAUUUAUAUAUAAAAAAGCUCAUCAUUCAUGGUAUAAGUCUAAGGUACACAAAUUCUUUUUUAAUUCUCUUCUUACUUACAACAAAACUGAAAAAUGUCAAAGAAAAAACCAUGAAAUUUUUUCAAAUUAACAAAAUCUUAAAACUUUUAUAAAUUUUGGCAUACCUAAUCAUAUUUGGAAUUGAAGAACUAAAUAGAACCGGAGAAAAGGGGAUUUGAUUCAGAUUUGGUUCCAACCAAUUACACAAUCACAUCAUAUAUCUCUAGAACUAAAGAACUAUAACUGAACUGAAAUCAAAUCAAAACCAAACUGAAACUAAAUCAAGAACCGAAUAGAUAUCCAAAUUUAUAUAAUAUAAUUUAUAAAUACUAACUAUAUUCAAUUUUAAAAUAAUCAAAUAAUUUAAAAUAUUAUUUAUAAACUGAAAUACCGAAAAAAUGAUUACCAUGAUACUUUUAUCCAAAAUAUUUUAAAUUAUCCAAAUUAUCUAAAUUUUUAUCUAAAAUCCAAAAAAUGACAUUUAAUCCGAAAAUCUUGGAUUUUUUACUUUUAUCAUGAAUUACCAAAAAAAUUGAACUAACCCCGAACCAAAUAGGAUCCAAAAUUAUCUUGGUUAUUAAUCGGUUCCUAACUUUGUUACCCGAACAAAAAUGAGAACCGAAAAAACUGAACCAAAACCAAACUAAAAUUUCUAAAUUACCGAAUAUAUGCUAAACCUCUAGAACCCAAAAACCGAAGAACUGACCUGGAAACGAAACGAACCCCCAUGGCUAGGUAUACAUAUUGUCAAUUUAGUUUUGUCCACUUUAACCAUUACCCAAUUUGGUAUUCAGCUCAUUUAGAGUGCUUUUAAGUUUUAACUGAGCGUGAUAACAUGUCCAUAACAAAUUGGAAUGGGCAUUGAGAGAAAUUAACAGCUAUAUUUGGAACUUAACCUAAACUAGCUUUCGACGUUCGUAAAUGGUUAUUUUUGGCGCCAUCAUAAUGAACAUGCUUCUCAUAUUUUCGGCUUAAUCCUUAUCUGAAUAUUACAUAAGAGAGUAAUAAAACCCAAGAAGAAUAUUGAAACGUUUCUAGUACCUAUAAGUAUAACUUGACUUUAGCAUGCGAUAAAAGAAGAAUAUUGAAACUAAUUAACAAUUGUUUAAUUAAAUUAAAUUAAAAGAAGAAUAUUGAAACUAAUUAACAAGAGUUUCUUGGAAAAUGUUGAAAGAAUAACCCAAGAAGUGCCAUAUUCGGUUCAUUGGUUACUUCAUAGUUGCAUUUAAUUAAAUAAAAUUAAAAGAAGAAUAUUGAAACUAAUUAACAAGAGUGUCUUGGAAAAUGUUGAAAGAUAUCAUUUCCGAAGUUUGUGGACUAUUGGCAUUCCUCUUUCUUUUAAUGUAGACGAAAGUGAUAGUAAGAGUUACACCAGAUUUGUUUUCUUCGUCUCUAUAAAUUCUUCUGCAAAAGUCCUCUAAAGUACUCCAUUUGCUUUCUACUUGUCAUUUUCGUUGCUUGCUUCUUAAAACAUUUCUAACCUUACUUAGGUUGAUUCUCGCUGUUUCUCUGAUGAAUAAUCUUUUAGAAAGACGAAGGGCCGUGGAAAAAAACGAGAAAACAACUCUGUUUGAUAGAGUAUCUUCUUGGUCUAUCAAAGAUAUUCUCAACAGAGACCUCUUUAAGCAAAAGAGAAAGAUAAUACCAGACAGGUUUGGAACUGUCUAUGAAUACGUUCACUGCUUCAUUCCUCACCUACUCGAAGAAACUCGAACCGAGUUGUUCUCGAGCUUAAAAUCUUUAUCUAGGUCUCCUGUCUUUUUCACACAUUCUAUGGAGAAAAGGAUCAAGGAAUCUAGUGGAAGUUCGUCGAACACAUUGCUCUACGACAUAACAUUAAGCAAUGAAGAUAAUUUUAGUGCCAAGUACCAGCCAAAAUGUGGAGAUCUCAUUGCUCUGACCAAGACAAGGCCAAGAAGAAUUGAUGACUUGGAUCCCUUACUCCUUGCCUACGUAUUCAAGAUGGAUGGUGAUCUUAUCAUCUCUGUGCAUGUGUCUAGAUCGUUAUCUCCUGGUGAGAAACAUUCAAUUCGUUUUGGUGUUUCCCUCACGACUUUAACAACAAACACAAGAAUUUGGAAUGCUUUGCACAACGAAGCAGCUAAUUCGACUCUGAUCCAGAGUGUUCUUCAGGGAAAUAACCAGGCUACAGAACAGUGUUUUUGUUUUGGUAAUGACGAUGACGAUUCUGACCGUGUUUUGGAUAUAAUCCGUUCAACCAAAUUGAACAAAUCCCAAGAAGCUGCAAUCUUGAGCUGCGUGAAGACAACAAACUGUAGUCACAAGAACACUGUCAAACUGAUAUGGGGACCUCCGGGUACAGGCAAAACGAAGACAGUGGCGACCCUUCUCUUUGCUCUUCUCAAGCUACGGUGCAAAACAGUUGUGUGUGCUCCUACAAACACAGCUAUUGUAGAGGUAACACAGAGACUUUUGGCUCUAUUUAAGGAAACCUGCUCGUCAGAACUUGCUACUUGUGGGCUGGGGAGUAUUGCCUUAUCCGGAAACCGAGAGAGAAUGGGAAUAGACAAGAAGGAUGAUCUUCUCAAUGUGUUUCUUGAUGAGCGCAUUGCUAAACUUGGUCACCUGUUCUCGCCAUCAUCCUCUGGUUGGAAUCAGAGGUUAGAGUCACUGAUACAAUUUCUUGAGAACACAGAGUCUGCUUACAAUGACUAUGUAGAUCCACUUGAGGACAACUCAGAGCCUUACAGUGACUAUGUAGAUCAAUCUGAGGAGGAAGAGGAGAAAGAUACUUUUGGAGAGUUUGUCAGGGACGCUUUUAGUUACUUAAGUGAAGACCUAGAGACGGAUAUGGUUGAUCUCUACACUCAUCUUCCAAAGUCUUUCAUUUCACCUGGAGUUGUGAAGAAAAUGGAGGCAGCCCGUCAAGCGCUUCAACGCGUCAGAUACUUCUUGAAGGAGAAUGGCUCAGGAGAUCAGUUGAUAGAGGGAAGCUUUAAAAUGGACUGCUUCAAGAGACUCGUCACUUUUGACUGUCUCCAGGCUCUAAGUUUGCUACCAAAAUGUUUUGAGGAGAUUCCAGACUUGUUGGAAACUGAAGAUAUCAAGAAAUUUUGUCUCCAAAACGCGGAUAUAAUCUUCUGCACAGCCUCAGGUGCUGCGGAACUGAAUCCAGGAAGAACUGGAAGUAUAGAGCUUCUCGUGGUCGAUGAGGCGGCUCAGCUUAAAGAAUGUGAAUCAGUUGCUGCAUUGCAGCUUCCUGGUUUGCGUCACGCUGUUCUAAUAGGAGAUGAGUACCAGUUACCAGCAAUGGUUCAUAACGAGGAAUGCGAGAGGGCGAAGUUCGGAAGAAGUUUGUUUGAGAGGUUGGUUCUGCUUGGUCACAACAAGCACUUGCUUAACGUUCAGUACCGGAUGCAUCCUUCCAUUAGCCGUUUCCCUAACAAGGAGUUUUAUAGUGGGAUGAUCACAGAUGCUCCGGUUGUUCAAGAAAGCAUUUAUCAGAAGAGGUUUCUUCAAGGAAACAUGUUUGGUUCCUUUUCUUUUAUCAACGUUGGUCGCGGACAAGAAGAGUUCGGUGAUGGACAUAGCCCUAAGAACAUGGUUGAAGUUGCUGUGAUUGCUGAGAUCAUAUCUAAUCUUUCCAAAGUUUCAAGUGCAAGAAAGAUGAAGGUGAAUGUUGGGGUGAUAUCACCUUACAAAGGACAAGUCAGAGCCAUCCAAGAGAGAGUCGGUUCCUUACCAUCAGGUCAGCUUUUGACUCUGAAUGUUCGAUCUGUGGACGGGUUUCAAGGAGGGGAGGAGGACAUCAUCAUCAUCUCAACCGUUAGAAGUAACGGUAACGGCAAAGUGGGGUUUCUGAGCAACCGGCAGAGAGCAAACGUGGCACUGACUAGAGCAAGGCAUUGUUUGUGGGUGGUUGGGAACGAGACGACUUUGGCACUAAGUGGUUCGAUAUGGGGGAAGCUGAUAAGCGAGGCAAGGUCACGUGGAUGUUUCUUUGAAGCUGCUGAUGAGAAGAAUCUGAGAGAUGCCAUGAAUGAUGCUUUGCUGGAAGAUGUGUCUUCGAGUUUCGGAACUCUUUCUAUUGGGAGGAAUAGGGGAAGAGGUGGUUGGUAGUUUUUUUUAUAAAAAAAUUGUCUCAUUGUCUCAUUUUCUGUUUUGUUUUUUUUUGAGUUUUUAUUUUGGUAUGAAAACUUUGUGUGGGAUUUAUGAUUUUAUUAUGGUAUUUUUCUAUUUUGGUUUCCAAA